UUUUAUAGUUUGGCAGAGUCAGUGUUUAUAUGCAUUUUGGAUAAGAUUGGUACCAAAAGUGGUGUGCAAUGUACAGACAGUCACAAAGCCAUAGUAAUACGCAAAUACAGCGAAAGUCUGCAGUCUAUCUCUACCCAGUCCUUUAAUCCCACACAAUGCUAUGUAAUGACUAGCACUACGGAGGGAAUAACUUCGGUACCACCUUACACAACUACUGACAACCCACUGCUUGCCAAAUGUCAGGACAGCGCUUCCAUUACGUCGGCAGCAUACAUCUGUGUCCUUUCAUUGUAUAAUAACAUAACAACAGCAGAGAACAAUUCUACUUUUUGCAGCGUAAUGGAUGUUGCUUUUUCUUGCAUCAUGAAGACGAUAGAAACUAAUCACAACAUCAGCUGUCCAGCGGGGGACAAAGAAAUAAUGAUCACCAGCUAUGGACCUGAUCUGAAAAUAAACCUCAACCUCAGAUUUGAUCCUACUGAUUGUUACACAUCGGAGAGGGUCGUGAGAGCCACUAGAGUUAGGAGAAGUUUGGUAUCACCGUGUCAAGACAGUGUGACGCUUUUCUCUAAGGGAAUAUAUUGUAUGGCUCCUCUCUAUAACAACAUUUCAAAUGAAAAUUCGUCAUUCCAACGGUUUUGUAGCGUUUUUGAAGAUUUUGCUGUCUGUGUGAUGGGUGAAAUGGCUGCAGAACACAAUGUGACUUGUGGUCAGUUGGAAUACAAUACCUUUGUGAAGACCCAUAGUUCAAGCAUGCACAAAACCAUGGGUCUUGCUUUCAAACCAUUGGAUUGCUUGAUGAUGUCAUCAACAACCGAGGGACCUAACACUACAUCUACGAUAGAAACGACAACUCCUCCAUUUAAUUCGUGUCUAGAUCCCGAUUCCACUUUUAUCAACCUAAUGCCAUGUAUCGGUCCUGUCUUUUUGUCUUUGAAAACGGAAAGUAAUUUCACUGUUUUUUGUGGGCUGACUUCCAACAUUUUUGAGUGUCUCAUUAACAAACUGGAGACUUCCUUAAAUACGACCUGUUCUGGAACUGAUGCUGCAAGGACUGCACAAGUUUAUGGAUCAACGAUUCAAAAUAAAUUGUCCCUGACAUACAAUCCUGUUUUGUGUUAUAAGAACAAAGGUGAAUCUGAGUCCAGUCUUACACUGCAACCAUCAGUAUUGAUUACAGCAUCUCCUCUUAUAAGAUCUAGUGUUGGAACAGAACUUCCAAGUAUAUCAAAAACAGAAGCUUCUUUUAUCAAACCCACUUCGACAUUUCUGUCUUCAGUUUCAACUAAAGCAUCUCUUUUGAUCGAAUCAACUGCAUUUACUACAGUUUCUCCAUUAGUUGACUCCAGUUUGUUACCUCAAAGUGAAUCAAUCUCAACAUCUCCUUUAACUGACUCUAGUUCAGCUUUAAUCCCUUCUAAAUCUACCGCAUAUCCUUUCACUGAAUCCAGUGCAGUGUUUUCUAUGACGACUGAGACUAGCACAUUCCAGACCACUGCUGAACCUCGUCCUUGCCAAGACCUAAACAAGGUCACUCUGCACGUGCUAUCGUGUGCUGGGCCUAUUAUAUUCUCCCUUCCUUCAGCAAAAAAUCCAGAAGAAUUUUGCAGAUUGUUUAUUCAAGUCUUUGAUUGCAUUGUGAACAAAACAGAAACAGCCUCAAACAUAUCAUGUUCAUCCAAUGAUAAGGAGAUGAUUGUGCAAACCAUUGGAUCUCAGAUACUCAGUUCACUAUUAAUAUCAUAUGACCCAAAUAUUUGUUAUGAAACCACAACCAUCAGUACAACAAGUAGUACACCAACAGAAAUCACUGCCACCACUACAACUGAACCUAAGCAUUGUAGAAAAUCAAGUCAAAUUAAUUCAGAAAUUCUUCCAUGUCUUGGACCAUUGUUUCCAUCAAUAACAUCUGCCCAAAAUCUUCAAGUAUUCUGCAGAUUGAUGGUGGAUAUGUUCAGUUGUAUUAUCAAUAACGUAGCUUUGGAUGGUAACAUCUCAUGUUCAGAGUUCGAUCGCCUCCAUAUAGUACGAACGUUUGCGCCCGAGCUAGACCAGACUAUUGCAAGUCCAUUCAAAAUCAUGGAGUGUACUGAGCUGUUUGGGGGAACAACAACAACCAGUUAUCAGAAUGUAACGCUGUUGACACCUACGUCCCCUUCCCCAAGCACUGGACUGACAGAUUCUACCACUCAGUCAUUCUCUACCACCUCCAGACACACAACAUCCGCCACCGGAUCACAGUGCAGAAGAAAAUCUGAGAUAUUUACACAAGGUAUACAUUGUAUUGGACCACUAUAUAGAAAUUUUUCCACUGAGACACAAUUUCCAGAUUUUUGCAGACUGCUGCACUCUGUUUUCCAAUGCAUCCUGGGUCGUAUUGAAGCAAAGUAUAAUACAACUUGUUCGACAUCAGAUCUGAUGGCAGUAAAACUAUUAUAUGAAACAGAAAUAUACAAGAGCAUCCCGCUGAAUUUUGAUCCAGAUGAGUGUCCAGAUAAUACAAACUGUUUUGAAGUAUUGGUGGAUGAACGAUACCCAAAAUGUUUUAAAACAUUUUCAUUGUAUGAAAAAUUCAAAUCUCAAGUUUAUAAUCUUAAGCUCUCCGCAUCGGAAACAUGCAGUUUGUACAGAGGCAGUUUGCGAUGUAUAGGCAAUUAUCACAGAAGCUGCAGCAUUGAAGACACUCACAGUGUUAUAAGUCAUUCUCUUGUCGCCUUAAAUUCAACUAUAAAUCCAUCUACUUGUUCUGUAAACGGUACCUACCCUAAAUCAGUGUGUGAAGAUGAUGAAUUCUCCUUACUGGUGAUUCAUGCAGACUGUGGAUUUCAUUCAAUUCUCAUACCGUUCGAUUGCCAAAGACAUAUGAUGGACUUUAUCACUUGUGCAGCAAAGAGCCUCUCUUUUCUCAACUGUAACAUUGAUAGCUUUUGGAGAGCUUUGACCGUUUUGUCUUCUUCAAACGCAAGCUUCUUUGACAGGAUUAAUUCGGGUAGAGGAAAUGAUGUUGUAGCCUGUAUAAAUCAACUAAAAGUUUCUAUGACUACUCCAGCCGUCCCUAUGACUACCGAGCCUCCAGAAGAAGUUAGCAAACUGUCCUUUUCAAUUGUUCUUUCUGGUGUUGAAUGGAAUACAACCCUCCUGAAUAUGACGUCUGAAUAUUAUCGUAUUGUCACGGGUUACAUUGAUGGUAAUGUAACAGUAAUAUUUGGAUCUGAUCCAGCAUUCUUACAAAUUGAAGUUAUUUCAUACAGAAAGAAUGUAGACAAUCUAACGAAAGUGGACCUGGAAAUCACAUACAACAGUACUAUACAUGUUGCACAAGACGUUUAUGAACAGCUGAAGAGACUGACUAACUCGGGGCUCAUCUACAAUCUGUCAGUUACUUCUUUUCUGAUGUUUGAUGAAAAUACAAGGAAUUCGAGUUGUCCUACUGUGACGUCAGUGUCAACUAGCUGUCACGACGGAUGUGUAAAAGACACGGACUGUUCGACCAAUGAGAAAUGUUGUUCCAAUGGAUGUGGGCGAAUCUGUCAGAACAGCACAGAUUUCCGGUCAAGUUAUGAUCUCAGAUAUUUAGAAUUUCCAAUACUUCAACAGAAUGCGGAGCAAAUGCUUGUAUCAGUCACAUUACCAGACUACAAAUGGACUGUCGAAUUAUUGGAUCCAAAUUCAUCUGUCUACAGGGAAAUACAAAAGGCAGUUGUUACAAAUUUUGAAGAACAGAUGAAGUCAUCCACAGAAUUUAUUGGAUUUCAUGUCUCUUCAUUAAGAAAUGGACCAUAUGUUAUUGCAGACGUAAUUGUAACAUACAACAAAAAUCGAAUCAGUUCUUCCUCAGUGGUCAAUGUUCUGUUUAUGCUUUCGGGACAUGGAUUCAUACAUCAAAUGAAAAUUGAAACAGAUCUCCAAUUUGACAAAAAAGUAAAACCAGGGGUCUGUCCACAAUUCUCUAUGGCUGUUUACAGAACCUGUCUAGACACUUGUACUGGAGAUACUUCAUGUUCAGGAAAACGGAAAUGCUGCUUCAAUGGAUGUGCCCGCAGUUGUAUUGAUCCAGGUUACGUAGGAGUGUCAACGACAGAAACCACUACAGAUUCGGACACAACUGUAACAAUGGAAGCCAGUACGCAAGUGACUACAACACACAGCCCGACUGGAACAGUUCCCCAGCAGCCCACCCCAUUACCUCCCAGUGGGCAGCAGAUGACUAUAACGAUAGAGUUAGAGAAAUAUAGCUGGUCUGAUGAGUUACUCCUAAAUAUGUCAUCUUAUUACCAGGAACUGAGGAGAAUCGUGAUGAAAAGCUUUCAAGAACAAUUCAGCGGAAUGCAAGCAUUUUUGGGAGUGGAGGUUAAAUCAUUCAGAUCUGGUGGAGUGUUUGUUGAUUUAGUCCUCUCGUAUGACAGAGCACUAACUGAUGCUGCCAGUCUGGUCAACACAAUCUUCCUCUUACUCAAUCACGGAUACAUACAUCAGUUACACGUCACUAACUAUCUGCGGUAUGAUUAUGUUGUGAAGGCAGGCACUUGUCCUCUGGUUACAACAGUAGGUUCGUGUACAGAACAAUGUACUGGUGACAGUAGAUGUCCUGGUGUACGGAAGUGCUGCUCUAAUGGUUGUGGUCAAAUGUGCACCGAUGUAUGGAUGCCUGUUUCCUCAUCAACAACUACAGAUAAACCUUCAGUACAGAUAACAACAACAAGGACAACAAUGCCAGCAAAUGUGGGUGUGCUUUCCGUCACUAUGGAGCUCCAGGAUUAUAAGUGGGAUCCGUCCCUGUUAGAUCAUCGAUCAUCCUACUAUCUACAGCUGGAAACCGCCAUCAAAACCAGCGUCUUACAGCUUUUUAGUCAGUCGAAAGCAAUUGUAGACGUACAGAUCACAUCUUUCCGAUCAAAGCAGAAUCGUGUUGACCUGGUCAUCUUGUACAAUGCGGACAACGCGGUUCUUAUGGAUUUAAUCACCAAGAUGAUACAAGCUAGAGAAAAACAAGCGGUCCAUGAUCUCAAAAUUACAAGUUAUAUGACAUUUGACACUCAACUGAAGGAAGGUACAUGUUCCCCAGCCUCGGUCGGUGGGUCCUGCUUUGAGGAUUGUAUGGGGGACGGGACCUGUCCCGGGGUGGAGAAGUGUUGUUCCACGGGCUGUGGAAGACUCUGCACGCCAGCUAUUCAAAUUCCCUGAUGUAACUGGACGUUGCUAAUCACUAAAGAUGGUGACAACACUUUUGGGAUGGGAUCAUUUAAAAUACUUCUAAAAAUUGGAAGCCGGCAUUGUGUGUCAAUGACUGAACGAAAAUGAUGUUUUCGUUGUUUUGUUAACAAUGUCAAUGGAAGAAAUGUUUAUGCCUACUAACGUAAAGAGAUGUGUUGUUGCUCUCAGAAUUUAUAUUGAAGAAAAUAUACAUAUUAUUAAAUAUCUAUAUAUAUUAUUUAAAAAUGUUUAUACAUAUUAUUAAAUGUUUAUGUCUAUUACUGUAAAGAUAUUUUGUUGCUUUCGUAAAU